AUGACUCCAGAAGAGUACGAAGCGCUCACACCUGAACAGCAGAAGCAGCACGACGAAGCUGAAAGAGCUCGGGAAGCCGCUGAGCAAGCAGCACUCCCAUACACUUGGAAGCAGCAGCUCGAUGCAGUCGAAAUCUCGGUCCCCGUCCCUCAAGGCACGAAGGGUCGCGAUCUCGUCGUAGAGCUCAAGAAGCGCAAUAUCAAGGUCGCACUCAAGGGCAAGGAUGCCAUCCUCGAAGGCGAGCUCGCUAAGCAUAUCAAGGAGGAAGACAGCACAUGGACCAUCGAAGAUGGUAACCUUAUCGAGAUCCACCUCGAGAAGAUGAACAAGAAUGAGUGGUGGCCCAACGUCGUAACUCACCACCCCAAGAUCGACACCACCAAGAUCGUUCCCGAAAACUCCAAGCUCAGUGAUCUGGAUUCUGAGACAAGAGCUAUGGUCGAAAAGAUGAUGUUCGACAACCGUCAAAAGGCCAUGAACAAGCCCACGUCAGAUCAGCUUCAGCAGCAAGAGAUGCUCGCAAAGCUUGCUGCCGCCAACCCCAACAUCGACUUUUCCAACGCCAAGUUCAACUCAUCCUCGCCACAAUAA